UGGCUACGCCCAUCGCUGCCAAUGGCACUAUUACCAUGACAGAUUUACGUAUUUGCUGUGUGGUAUGUAUUUAUGCCGCCUGUCAUUUUUUUCUUGGUGAUAUAUUAUCUCCUCAACCCGAAAAUGUCGAUGGGAAUGGAGCGGUAUAGAAAAUGAAGGCUCACUCACUUGUGUAGAUGGUAGGGUUGCCUGCUAGAGGCAAAACCUAUAUUUCGCAGAAAGUGUGUCGCUAUUUGACAUGGCUCGGGAUCAAGACCAAGGUGUUUAACGUUGGAAAUUAUCGACGUUUGCUUCACGGUGCCCAUCAGCAGCAUACAUUUUUUGAUCCACACAAUCCUCAAGGAAAAGAACAGCGUCGGCAGGCCGCCCAGGAAGCGUUGACGGAUCUCAUUCGAUGGUUCCAUGAAGAGAACGGCAUGGUCGGUAUUUACGAUGCGACCAAUAGUACUUUGGAACGGCGCCAAUGGCUGUAUGAAGAAUUGACAAAGGAGGAUGUGCAAGUGUUCUUUAUCGAAUCCAUUUGCCAAGAUGAAUCCAUCAUUCUCGCGAAUAUUAAAGACGUCAAAUUAUCAUCACCUGAUUAUGCGGACGUCGAUCCCGAAGAAGCAGCCAACGAUUUCAUGGCACGCAUCGACCAUUACAAAGAACAGUAUCAAACCAUCACUGAAACUGACUACAGCUACAUCAAACUGAUCAACGUCGGAAGCCAAGUCAUUAUCAAUCUCGUCAAAGGAUAUCUGGAAUCUCGCAUUGUAUAUUAUCUCAUGAAUUUACACGUCGCCCCACGUAAAAUUUACAUGAGUCGGCACGGUGAGUCGGCUUUUAAUUUGGAAGGCAAAAUUGGAGGGGAUUCGGUGUUAUCACCACGAGGACGUCUUUACGCUCAAAAGUUACCGGGGCUGAUCAACGAGCAUCUUGGCGACAAGGACCUGAUCGUGUGGACUUCCUCCAUGAAACGCACCAUUGAAACCAGUGAACGGCUUCCAUACCCCAAAAUGCAAAGAAAGGCUCUCGAUGAAUUGGAUGCCGGGGUCUGUGACGGAAUGACCUAUGAGGAAAUCGAGGAAAAGUAUCCCGAAGAUUUUGCGAAUCGUGACGAGGACAAGUUUAAUUACCGUUACCGAGGUGGCGAGUCGUACCGAGACGUGGUGUUAAGAUUGGAACCUGUGAUCAUGGAUUUGGAGCGACAGGGCAACAUUUUGAUUAUUGGUCAUCAGGCCAUUCUUCGUUGUAUUUACGCUUACUUCAUGGAUUAUAAUCACGAGGAUCUGCCUUACAUCAAAAUCCCGCUGCACACCGUGAUUGAACUCACACCAAAAGCUUACGGGUGUGAAGAGAAACGAUACAAAGUGGACAUUGAUGCCGUCGAUACCCAUCGUCCCAAGCCGGUUCACUCCAACUCUUUGCGUAAAAAUAAAUCGAGUGACCAUUUGCAGGUCAAGACCAGCACGGCCGGAGCAAGCGGCGAAAUUGUCAAUGACUCGGCCACACCCAUCCUUCCCAUCAGUCCUCAGCUCUUCCCUCGACCACGCCAUCCACCGACCUCUCCCCACGCCAACGGUUCCCACGGUCUGGACAACGAUAUGGCCACCCUCGAUCUAGGUGCAGCAGCCAUUCGCCCCGACCAAUAAACUAUUUUGAUUUUUGAAUGAAUUGUGCGCUUGUGUGUCCGUGUGUGUGCGUGUGCGUAUGUGCACUGUGAAAUAUUGGG